UCACUUUGGAAAUAGACAUAGAAGGUGAAUUACAAACCUCAAGGGUUAUAUGGAAAGGAUUAAACUAAUAGUGAGAGAAGGAGUUUAUUUCCUAUAUGAGGCCCUAUAUGGAUCACCAAAGAAAAUCUUGGUAGAAGGUGCAAAUGCAGCACUAUUAGAUAUUGAUUUGGAGACUUACCCUUUUGUAAGCUCUUCAAAUUGUACUGUUGGAGGUGUUUGUACUGGUUUGGGUAUGCCCCCUCAAAAUGUAGGAGAAGUGUAUGGAGUUGUGAAAGCUUAUACAACUAGAGUUGGUACUGGUGCCUUUCCUACAGAGCACCAAGAAAAUGAAAUUGGAGAAUUAUUACCAACAUGGGGUAGAGAGUUUGGUGUAACUACUGGAAGGAAAAGAAGAUGUGGCUGGUUGGACCUCAUUUUGCUCAAAUAUACUCAUAUGAUCAAUGGAUUUAUUGCAUUGGCACUUACCAAGUUGGAUAUUUUGGACAUGUUUACGGAAAUAAAAGUUGGAGUUGCUUACAAGUUAGACAGUGAAAUCAUACCUCAUAUCCCAGCAAACCAAGAAGUCUUAAAUAAAGUUGAAGUUCAGUAUAAGACUCUCCCAGGUUGGAACACACGCAUAUCAAAUGCAAGGACAUUUAAAGAACUACCUGUUAAUGCACAAAACUAUGUUCGAUUUAUUUAA